AUGGUGAAUUUUUGUGGUGAAGUGCUUGAAAAAAAGUUACAUAAUGCUGAAAGUGGUUCUUUAAAAUCAGAUGCAUUCAAUCAAGUACAAGGUGAUGGAAAAUCAUGUAAAAUGAUCAAACUUGUACUCAUGCUAGCCGGAGUAAUUGGAGUAAUUGGAGCAAUUGGAUUUUUUUAUGUGGCAUAUGAAUAUUCAAGGAUGCCAGCAGAAAAUACAACUGCCUAUGUUGAAUUGAACAUCGAAAAUACUAAACUUGAAAGAAAAACAAGAAGUGUACAAGCAUAUCUCAACGAUGAUGUAAUAUCCAAUACCACUAAUGAUGUAGAAACAACGACAACUGGAGAAUUAUUCGAACCAGAACCAAAAGGCAUGAAUUUAUAUACUGAAAAACAAAAAAAUGAAAUAAGAAAAUUUACUUUUCCAAAUGUUCUCUGGUCUGCAGUUCGUAGAAAAUAUAGAAAUGAAACUUCGUUAUCUCUCAAACUACGAGAAUAUGUUGAACAACAAAAUUUUAUAUUUAAACGUUAUUAUGUUGAAGUUGAAAAUAUAACAACAUCAUAUGAAUAUAAUACAAGAACACAUCCAAUAAAAAUACCAAGACCAUCAACUAUGAAAGUAACAAUUGAUUAUGAGCCUGAACUUAAAUUUUUGGGAUCAUUGUUAUUUAGUGAUUUGAGUGGUAUAUUAGUUGGUGAAAUAAAAUCUAUACAACAAAAAAUUAUUGGAAUAUAUUCAAGCUUAUUAAAUAACAUGAAUCAUCUUGAAAGUGGUAAACCAUUAUUAAUAUUGACAUUUAAAUCAAAUAUAAACGAUUGGCUGUAUUAUUUUAGAAGUGUAUCAACUGCAAAUAUCACUGAGUACAAUAAUGACAUGACAAAUCAAUUAUUAUCAAAUAAUUGUACAUAUGAUUCAGCAUGUGGUGAUAUUUAUAAUACUCAAGCUAUUGUUAUGACCUAUGAGGACAUGAAAGUUGCUUAUGAAAAAAGAUCAUUAUUUGAAAAACUGAAUUUUAAAGUUGUUGUUUAUGAUCUUGGUAAUAUUUAUGAGACUGAAGAAAAUUUAAAAUCAGCAUAUUUGACAUUAAAUCAAUUGCCAAAUACUAAAAAUAAAAUAAUUUUAUUAAAUACAUUUGAUAAUCAUCAAGUGUAUUUAUAUAAAUAUAUUUAUAUGUCAAUGUGGUCAUCAGUAUAUAAAAAAAAUUUAUCAAUUUAUGAAAAAUAUAUGGAAAAUUGUCAAAGAAAAUGUUACACUGAAAAAUAUUAUAAAUUUAAUAAAUCUUCAUGGUGUACAGAAUUUGAUGUUCAACAAACUGAAAAAGAAAUGAAAAUUUUAAAGUCAUUUACAUUUAAAACAGAUCCAAUUAUUUAUGAACAAAAUUAUCCAAUUCAUGAUGAAAGAGCUGUUUAUUGUAAAUUAACACCAAACCAAAAGCAACAUUAUCAAAUAUUGGAAAAGUCAAUUGAUAUGGACAUUAGCAAAAAAGUUUUCAAUUUUACAAAAGCCAUUAAGACAACAAAAGUACUUAGAGCAUUAGUUAAUCAUGUAUUGCAAACUCGUAAUUAUUGGCAUGAUGAACUUAUUGAAUACGCAAUAUCACAAGUUGAAAUUAACAAUAUGGUGAAACAUUCACGUACAAAACAAUUGAGAUCAGUUGAUUAUGCAUCAAUGUCUGAUAUGGAAAUAAAUCGUGUAUUUACACCAUAUCAUUAUUUAAAAACUUUAACACAUAGAAGACAUAAAGUGGCAAUAUUCAGUGAACGUUCUGAUAUAUUUAUUAUAGAAAGGUACUUGUCACUGAAACAUUAUCAAUUUCUAAAAGUUGAUAAUGAAACAGCAAGUGAUAAACAAAUGGCUAUUCUGAAUCAAUUCAAUAAUAAUACAUCAACAUCUAUUAUUAUUGUUCCAUUUGUUGAUGUUUGCAAGGAAUUUAUAUUGAAUCUUUCAUCGGUAGAUACUGUUAUUAUGUUCAGCGUUACAUUCCAGGAUAAUUAUUUAAAAACUAUUAAUGAAUGCUAUCAUCUUGGUGAAAAAAAGCCGGUAAUUGUUGAACGACUAAUCUCUGAGGAUACAAUUGAGCAAUACAUUUAUCAAACCAAGCCAAAAGAUCUUCAAGAUUUCCAAGACAAGGUUUUCGCCACUGCUGGUUAA